AUGUUGCCCAUCCAGCGUCAGAACGACACCACGCCUCUGACCGGCCACGGUGAAAAAGCCCAAGCUUUCAAAGCCCAGUCCCCGCUUGACGCAAGUGCCCAUGCCAUACCACUGCAGGGGAUUGCCAGUCUGGUGCCAUCGUCCUGGGUGCCCUAUGUGCAGCUGACACGAGUGGACCGGCCCGGCAUCCUGGCGUUCCUGAUGCCCACUCUCAUGGGACUAUGCUACGGGGCGAGCAUCACGGACACACCCAUCCCCCCAGUCGAACUCCUCCAAAAGACCAUCUUCUGCUACAUCGCAAACCUCUUCAUCCGCGGAGCCGCCUGUACCUGGAACGACAACCUGGACCAAGACAUUGAUCGCCAGGUGCCCCGCACCAGCAACCGACCCAUUGCACGUGGAGCCGUCUCCACCACCCAGGCCAACAUCUUCACUCUAGCUCAGGUCCUCAUCGUGGCUUGGAUCCUGAGCUACCUCCCCCCUCAAUGCCUCCCCUGGAGCGUGGCCCUGGGCGUCCUGCACGUCAUCUACCCGCUCUGCAAGCGAGUCAUGGACUUCGCCCCGGCGUUCCUGGGCCUGCCGUUCUCCGUCAGCAUGAUCCUUCCCAUUGUCAGUCUGGGGAUCAAUCCUUUCUCGGCUCCUGUCGUGGUGUUGACAGUCGUCGAGGUAGCCUGGUCUUGCAUCUGUGACACCAUCUACGGGCACCAAGAUGUCAAGUAUGAUGUCCAGGCUGGGGUGGGGUCCAUGGCCGUUCGAUUCACCAACACCUCCAAGCUGGUGACGUCCAUCCUGGCGGCGGUGAUUGUUGUAGCGAUGGUCUUUGUCGGAGUGUCGGAUAAUUUGGCCGAUGUUUAUUUUCUUAUUGGAUGUGGCGGUACUGCGGUUGGUCUGGCGGCGAUGAUUUAUUUUGUGGAUCUGGCGGAACCCGAUAGCUGCAUGUACUGGUUCCGAACGGGUUUGUUGUAUGUAGGAUGGACCCGCGUUGGAGGAUUUUUGGCUCAAUAUCUUCUGUCGCUUGGGUCGGCUUGAGUUGAGGGUUAUGAGGUGUUGGUGGUGGACGGAAUAGAG